CGACAGAGGGCACAAUAGUAAAAAUGGCUGUGCACCUAGUAGAAGACAACGUGGUAGGCGAUUCUGAUGCUGAGCUUCAAGAAGCAUUUUCCAGAGGAGAAUUAAAACCUGGACUUCAUGCUCUUGUACCUCAUGUGAAAAGAGACCAUAUUAAUAAUGUGACUGGUCUGAAACGGAAACUUGAGGAAUUCAAAUUAGAUCUGGAUUGGGUAGAAAGACUAGACAUGAGUAAUGAUCCAGCACCUGCUCACCCUGAACUUACAGCACAAUCUGUUUAUUCAAAAACUAAGAAUAACAAAGUGCUUAAAGGAAAACAAGAAGAAAAUAUUGUACACAAUGAUUUUGAGAGAGAAAUGAGUUUCUAUCGUCAAGGUCAAGCAGCUGUAUUGUCUGGAAUUUUAUGCCUUCGCAAACUAGGAAUUCCCACUAAACGGCCUGAAGAUUAUUUUGCAGAAAUGGCAAAGUCAGAUACACACAUGCAAAAGGUUCGAGAGAAGUUGCUCAGUAAACAAGUUGCUCUGGAAAGGUCUGAGAAAGCAAGGAAGCUAAGGGAGUUAAGGAAAUUUGGCAAGAAGAUUCAAAAUGAAGUUCUUCAAAAAAGACAAAAACAGAAAAAAGAAAUGCUAGAGUCAGUCAAGAAAUAUAGAAAAGGACAGACACAAAACUUAGAUUUUCUGGAUGGCACACCAAUCCAGCCAAAAAACUCAUCCCAGGAAAAGGGACAGAAAAGAAAUAAAAUAAUGAAUAGGGCACAACAAAGAAAAAAGUAUAAAGAUACAAGAUAUGGCUAUGGAGGACAAAAGAAAAGGUCCAAGUAUAACACUGCUCAAAGUUCAGCAGCUAUGUCAGGAUUCCAUUCCAAAAAGUCCAGCUUACCCCCAGGAAAGAAGUCUAAAAUGAAGAAUAAAAGGCCAGGGAAAUCUAGAAGGCAGAAUAUGAAGAGUAAAAAGAAAUGAUGAGUCACUGUCCUGUUGUAAUCUUAAAUGAAUGUACAUUUUGAAUUAUGUAUUUUGAUGUAAUAAACAUUGUAAUAAAGCCUUGCAAUUAGGUAAUACUUUGAAAACA